CGGGUCGCCAUGGAAACUGCGUUACGCUCCGGGCGGCCGGGGGAGAAAACAAGAGUAUGAGGACGACUCGUUUCACUCUUCAUUUCAGCACCACGCGCCUCCCGGACAGCGCCCGAAUGAGCUCGCGCGCAGAUUGGAGCGUCGCAUGCCCUCUAAGAGACGGAGCCGAAUCAGCACCGGGUCUGACCGAAGCGGGUAGGGACCCGAAGGGAGAAGAGCGAACCCACGAAGAAGAUACGCUGACUCCCUGAACCUGUGGCUCGUUGGAUACUCGCAGUUUUAACUCGCUACCACGCCAGGAGCCCUUUGCUCCCCCCAGUGCCACAGCAACAGGGCAGCAGCAUGUCUGAAAAGAAAUCCAGCCAGCGGUUCCACAGCCUGAACGCUGAGCAGGUGGAGGUUCUUCAUCAGGUUCUUUCCGAAGUGGUGCCCAUCCACGGCCGCGGGAACUUCCCAACUCUGGAGCUGCGUCCUCGCGACAUCAUCAUAGCAGUGCGGGCAAGGCUGCAGAAGCAGGGCAUCACGGUCAGAGACGUUCGUCUGAAUGGCUCCACGGCCAGCCACGUCCUCGUGACAGAUAAUGGAACGAGCUACAAGGACCUGGACAUCAUCUUUGGAGUAGAGUUGCCCAGUCAAGAGGAGUUCCAGGUGAUCAAAGAAUCCGUGCUGAGUUGUUUGCUGGACUACCUGCCGACCGGAGUCAACAGAGAGCGGAUCAGCAGCGCCACCAUGAAGGAGGCUUAUGUUCAAAAAAUGGUCAAAGUCUUCAACGAACACGACCGCUGGAGCCUGAUCUCCCUGUCAAACAACAGCGGCAAAAACCUGGAGCUCAAAUUUGUGAGCGUGCUAAGGCGGCAGUUUGAGUUCAGUGUGGACUCCUUCCAGAUCAUUCUUGACCGUCUCCUUGAGUCCUACAUGCGGCAGGACUCGCAGCACAAAAUGAAUACUGUUAUUCUUAAGGACCAGGCCACUGAAAGUCAGACUAAGCCUUCUCCCUCGGUGCUCAAUCAGACCUCUGCUCAAAACGAUAAGUCCACUGAUAAAGACUUAUCUAACGUAGAAAAGGCUCACAUGAGCCAGACACAAAACAGAGACGAAGUACUUGAAAAAGAGUCUCAAACAGAAUUGUCACAACUAACGGAGAAAUCCAACCAGACAAACCCAGACUCAGUGUUAGCAGAGCUGGAAGAAGCGUCUGAGCGAAAAGAAAAAGCAGAUGAGGCAGGCCAGACAGCUUUAAACGGUUUGUCAGAAAUCAAACAAACCCCAGAGGAAACAGAAACAGCAGCUCAGAUUGAAGUCCAACAGGAGCCAGAGCUCUUAGACAAAUCUGAGCUCUCUGAGUGUGCAGCACAUUCAGUGCAAGCGGUUGCCUGCGAUAGCCAGCAACUAGCGCAUUCGAAUCAAGAAGAAAUCUCUGUUCAGGAAGAACACGUUAGUCAUAAAAAACCUCCGGACGAACAGAGAGAGCUCACAGGGCAGAUGGGACAUUCGGAUAAUUCCGACACCUCCCAUAAACCCCAGGCAGAGCAUCUAAACCCCACAGAGGAGCCUCCCAGCACAGAUGAAUCUGAUAAAACAAACUUAUCUAAAUGUUUCAGGGCGGAUCACGCAAGCAAUGAGGCAGAUAAGACUCUCCACGCGUCCGCUCCAGACGCUAUUGUGUCCUCGUUUGCAGAGAUGGAGGCUCAGUUGGAAGAUGAAAGGAAAGCUGAAAUGGAGAACAGUGAGGAGAUUAAAGCAGAGACGCAAAAUGACACAGGAACGGGCGAAGCCGAUGAGGAGAGUUCAACAUUAGAGGAGAAGCACGGAGAAGGCACGCAGUGUGUCGAUUGUUCCUGUUCUGCCUCCCCAACUGUUACACUCAUCAACACAGAGCCUGCUGACACUGAUAACUCAGAGAAGACCGCAAACACACUUGAUGCUGUCAACCCCCCAGAUACUCAGGAUGCUUUACCCGCACCACCUAGCCUUGUCUCAGACAAAAAGACCUCCUCCUCUCCGACUGGUAAGGUUUCAGAAAGACUGUCUCACAUGGUGGUGCUCAAACACUCUUCGCCCAAACCGCCUCGGAGGAUGUGCAGAAAGGUUGCCUCCAACCCCAGCCCGGUCUCCGAAAGUGAACUUGUGGUUGCACCCUGUCUGGAUUUGGACAUAUUUCACACACCUGAAUCUAACAUAGCUUUGAACGUGAAGUCUACAGCUUCUAGUCCAUGCCCUUCUGACAUCCCAACAACUGGGCUCGAGCCUAACCCUCCUCAUGACCUACCCUCAAACCCAGACAUCACCUCAGCCAGUGAGCCAGGCCCUGAUGUAAUCCCUGCGUCAGCUGGAGAUCCCGAGUUGGUGUUAUGUCAGGAGCCAUCUUCCUGUCGAAUAAUUGGCGAGGGUCCCUGUGAAAUUAGCCUACUCGGGACAGUAGACGCGACAGCUGUAAGUGAUGAGCAAAGUCAGUCCUCUUUGAAAGAAACUGCCCCUGAACUCCAACCACCGGAGCCUCUUGACUCUUUUGAAACGUUGGCUCCGCUCGCCGACGAGUCCAGCUCCAACCAGACAGAAUCUGGGCAUCCCACAGAGGACGGUGAAGUUAGAACAGAAGGAAAGGCCAAUGACAGAGACCCGAACCAGCCAAAUGUCAGUCCACAAGAAGAAGCCCUCAGCGCGCCCCUCUCCUCCAUCUCUGUCACUCCUCCUGCAUCCUCUCUCAAUCCCCCAGUUCUGAGUCUCUCGCCCCCAUGCUGCACUCCCUCACCCCCAAGUCUCAGCCCUCCCCCAUGUCUAACUCCUCCAUCAUUGAUGGUGCAUGCCAUGAGCCCUACUACCAGUUUUAGCUCCCCACCUCUGAGUUUCAGUCCAACCUCAUCCUGCCUUAGCUCACCUCCGUACCUCACCCCACCGAUGCUAAGCCUUAGCCCUCCCCCACUCUGCCUAACCCCACCGUCCCCGUGUCUCAGCCCUCCCCUCCUCUGCCUCACUCCACCUGUGGAGUCUGAGGACCUUGUACCUCAGGUAUCUUCAGACACAGAAUCUCUGAUACUGAAUGAAGACAGUGAUGAGCAGAUUGACCAGUCACCCGUUCACUCAGGAGCCUCCCCCUUGGAGUUGGAGGAUGGAGAGGAACACGAUUGUGUCUCCUCGUCGCCUCAGGUCACUGAGCCUGUCACUUUUCCAAUCACAAUCCCAAGCUCUAACUCGCAUGUGCUGCCUCACUCUCAGGCUGGGGGCUUAGGGGAACCUGACUCCCCGAAGGCCAUCAAGGCCUCCACCUCUGUGCCUGAGAACGCAGAGGCUCCCAUGGUAACCCCAGACAUGUGCGAAGGCUGUAGCGCUCCUCUGCCAUCCGACUCAGUCCCUGCAGUGGAGGUCCUAGCAGAGAGCAUGUACGGGGACUUUGAAGCCGCCAUGGACCACCUGCGCUACCGGCUGAUUGCGACCAGGAACCCCGAGGAGAUUCGAGGCGGUGGUUUGCUGAAAUACAGCAACCUGCUGGUCAGAGACUACCGGCCCGCCAGCGAGACUCAGAUAAAGACGCUGGAGCGCUACAUGUGCUCGCGCUUUUUCAUCGAUUUCCCGGACGUGCAGGAGCAACAGAGGAAGAUCCUGUCCUACUUGAAGAACCACUUCAUUGGCGAGGAGAGGAGCAAAUACCAGUACCUCAUGACCCUGCGGCGUGUGAUCGACGACAGCACAGUGUGUCUGAUGGGGCACGAGAGGCGUCAAACACUCAACAUGAUCACCGUGUUGGCACUGAAGGUUCUCGGCGAGCAGAACAUCAUACCCAACACAGACCAUGUGACAUGCUUCUACCAGCCCGCCCCGUACCUCGCUGAGCACAGUGCCCCCUACCUAGCAGAACCCAGCUACUGCAGCUACUACAUACCACAAGGUGGAUCCACUCUGCUUUACCAACCUUACCCUUUACACCUGCACCCGCAGACGGGACUAGUCUGAUGCCCCUAUGAGCAUACAAUGCACACAAAACCCACAAAUUGAGCAAGGGAAUUUUGUUUACUGUGAAGAAAGAUCAGGAGAAUGGAAACUUUAAUCCAGGGAUAAACUGUUUGGUCUAUAAUAGACCCGUGGGGGUGGGACUGAGUGGGUUUUUACAGUAAACUCCCUGAGUACUCUAUAAGGUUCUAACAUGAUUAUAUGUAAUUAUCUGGGCUUUGUAGGAAAAUAUUAAUUCUUCCAAUGUUGUUCAAAAUCCAGAAAAUGCUGUAUGCACCGCAUGAGUCAUAGGCCUUUGGUCUCCCUGGGAAACCAACUGUGCUGUUGACAUUCACACACACACACACACACACACAGACACGCACACACAUAUAGACAAACACUUCCAGGUUCUUAAAUUCUUGUACACUCUAUUCAUGUUCUUACUGUGUUGUUCUUAAUGGGUUUGUUCAGAAUGUGGACCUUGCCUGUGGUUGGUGUCGUGCAUGAAUACAUUAGGACUGUUUUUUCUCACUGCCAAAUACUGUGUGAAUACUAUGCUUCUCAAACAGUUUCAUGUAACUUUGUUAUUCCUCCGCAGGAGUGGUAUUAAAAAAGAAAGAAAAAGAAAAAAAACAUUGGGACACGUCUACAAUACGUAUAGAAUAUUUUCAUCACAACAUAUGCACAGCACAUGAGUUAACACACAUGCAGACACGCAACCAGACAUGUAAUGCUGAACGCACACAAAGUUAGAAAAUGCAUGAGUAGCUAAAUAGAUCACAUGUAAUGUCAAAGCAAAGGCUUUUAAUUUAUUAGAAAUUGAUCUAUUUUUGCAAGACUUUCCAAGAUGAAUCAGAGUGGUUAGACUAAAGAAAAAUGCCAACAACAAUGCCUUUGGUGUAGACUGUACAGCAUAUUGGUUACUGUAAAAUGUGUGCAAAUACAAUGCAUUGUUUUCAGGUAAAUUGUGUUACUAUGUAGUGCUUGGUUCAUUUGCCUCGUGGAGUCCUUUCUGUAACGGUGUGAAGUAUCGUAUCAUCUGGUGUUACUUUAUUCAGUGCUAAAGUUUACUCUGGGGAGGCAGUCAGGUUAUAACCAUCUUUUGGUCACCUUAAACGUGGCAGAUGACCAUCUGCCCAAACUGAAAGGAGUUAGAUUCAAACUGACACGACUCCUCUCUGACUCAAACAGAACCAAGAAGGAACACGUUAAGAAAACCCUUUUAAAGUCGCGCAACAGCAACUUUGACCAAAGAUGGUUUGGUGAGGAAACCAAGUGCCUAAAUGUGAGACAUCACUGGCAUGUCUUUAUCUCACUGCACUGUGGGUGUUAACGGGGUGGGUCAAGGGACGGGUUGGGUGUGUGUUCAGUUGUUCAACCCCUGUUAUUGCUGCCCAUUUUGAUGUCUUCUUUAAUGUAGUCCUUUGUUGUAGUUUAUUCAUGUACGUUUUGAUAAAAUAAAAGA